AUUUGAAACUACUGAAAGGAUCUCCAUUCGUCACAUUUCUCUAGUUUUAAUACCUAAAUGCUUUAAGGAUUAAUUCACUUCGCAAGAAUUAACGAAGAGUGAAUUAACCUUACGCGCCCAUCAUCUUACUCAUUUCGUAUUUAUGGUAUAGAAUCCAUAAUCACCUUCUUCGAACAGUUAUUUGUUCUAAAUACUGCUUUGUUUUAUUUUAAAUUAAGUUCUUGAAUUAUAUAGAGCGAUUGCUUGCUUUACUUCCUUCUUUUACAAACACAAAGCCACAUUGAACCGCCAUCCUUCAUCUUUACGAAAUCCAACAUCAAUUUGAAGGCGUUUUCGUUCGCUGGAUCUCUUUUUGCAUGUUUGCUCAUAUUGUUCAAUUACUGCUGAAAUCUAGGUCAUAGAUAUUCGUGCUUUGAAUCCGUUCGUUACUCUCUUCACGUGCCAAGGUUUUCCUUUUUCUAUUAAACAUGGGAACCAGUAUCGACGGGGAAAAAUACGUCCGUAAUCUAGCCUCUUAUAUCUAUACUCAUGAGAAGCGUUUGGCAAAUGCUUCAAGUCAUUUCAUCAGUACCUCAAUCUUUAGUAACCAGCCGGUUCAAUUGUAUCUGACUCUUCACCAUUUAUAUUUUUUGCUGACUCAAUUUGAGGAAAUUGAUGUAAAUACGGGUCCUUUAAAUAUCCGUAUCGAAAAUCUACAUUCCGAAGCAUUUCCUAGCGACUAUACUUCGUUCCUGAAGAAUCGAGCAUCUAGAAAAGCUGAUUUUGAUGAUAACAUGAGCAUGAAGAGUGUUGCAACUAUAGGCAGUGUGCUAUCUCAAGUGUCUUCUUUGUGGAGCCGGUUCUCCACUACCUCAACUGAGUCGACAGAGCAGAGGAACAGACAGAAAUUUCUUUCUUUGAUACGAUAUAUUUAUUCUUCCUUUACAAAAAUUCCAUUUUUAAGUCUUGUCUAUAAUCCGAAAGCAAUUCUCAUUUCUCAGUUUGAAGAAUUCCCUCUAGAUACUGCGGUACCCAUUACUGUUUUUAAAAAUCUGUCUUCACUAGAAGUUCGCGGCUACGACGUGAGAUCCAUUUAUGGGUGGAAUUUUCUCUCAUUAGGCUUGAAGAGUUUAAGUCUACAUCGUUGUGAUCUGGUGGAUUUGUCUGAAGUGCUUAUUAAAUUGGUUCUUGAUGAUACUGACCUGUACCGGUUUCGGUCAUCUAGACAACAAAAUUUGAAUCAAUCAUCUACAAUUAAUCAGGUUCGUUCUUCAACGACGUCUUUAAAUCUACGCCGAUCGGUUUCUCUUGGAUCAAAAGACCAGUCGAGCCCUCAGCAUUCCAACACUUUCCAUCGCACUUUAUCUCAGUCUGUGCUAUUCCUAUCAAAAGAUGGUAGUGUUGAUUCAUCUAACCAGAGUGUCAAAAGUAAUGAGCAGUUAUCCGACGUCGAAAGCAUACUUUCGUCUAAUGCUUGGAGCCAACUUUUAUAUUUCCGCUGUUCUAACUGUAGCCUCAAGUAUAUAUCCCCUAAAACCUUCUUACCUCUUGUUUCCCUUUUAUCUUUGGACUUAAGUGGCAAUGAACUUGUCGAAAUUCCGUCUGCUUUGGCUGAGCUACCACAGUUACGUUCCCUAAACUUGGCUUCUAACAAAAUUGUUAAUUGUAGAACUUUCUAUCACAUUGAACUACGUAGUUUACAAACACUUGUACUCGCGUGCAAUCAGUUGAAGGAUCUGUCUGGUUUGGAGGCUGCCCCUACUUUACAAAGACUCGAUAUUCGUGAUAACUUAAUUGUCGAUCCGGUUGAAUUCCGUCGCCUUGUUGGAAAUACUAAUUUUGAGGAGGCAUACAUUGCUUCGAAUCCUUUUACAAAGACCAAUUCUUCACAUCGUAUACUGAUAUUCAAUUAUUUUCGAGAGUUUCCAGAGUCCAAAGAUAUUUUACUUGAUGGAAGGGGACCUAGCAUGUUUGAAAGAAUGUAUUUGAUUGAGAAGGCAACCCCAAGUGUGAACCUGGGUAGCCGACCAUCAGCGGGAAGUGAUACAGGUGCUGUCAUUCGUCCUACAAAAUCUACUUUAAAGAAAACAAGUAAAAUGAGGCUGGUCGAUUUGACGUUGCCUUCUGCCGAUAUCUCACGUGCGCAAGCAGAAAGUGACAUAAUAUCUACUCAGUCGGGAUCCUCUGUUACGAAAUUUGGAACUUCAGAGGCUAGUAAUGAUGCUGGAGAAGUAUUUCGAAAAAAAAUUGAAUCUUUACGGCAGGAAGCAGGUAAUGAAUGGAUAGAAGCAUUAGUGCAAGAAAGCUUAACGAGACAACAAAAUAACACAGAACAUGGUCUAAACUAAAUAGUACCCUUCGUGUUGCAUAUGAUCAUGGAUAAUGCCGCCUAAUUUACACAACUAAUUUCUCUUAUUAAUCCAUUAUGUUGGCCUUUUAAUGUUACGAUUAUUCUAUUUUUUUACACUUUAAUUUUUACUAUCUGUUGAACGUUUAAUUUGGGUCUAUACAAGUUCCAUGAUACAUGGCCAGACGAACGUUAUCAGGUCAUACCUAUGUACAAAUAAGUCGAUUCUUGAAUAUUAAGGAUCGAUAGACGAUUUCUAUUUACCAUCCUGUUUUGUAUAAACGAUUGAAUCCUUGUAAUUGGCAAAAGACAUCACUCUUUUUAUAUGCCCGAAUAAAACGGACAUUCAUCUGUUCUUGUCGGAAACACUGUUUAUAUUUUCUGCAUUUUAUGUUGUAAUAAUGGUCUCUUAAACUUCUGAGUAUAUAUAUCGGCUUUUUGAAAGUGUGCUGCUUGAUUGCUCCUCUAAUCACUGCUGACAUGCAAUGGUUUUAUGUGUAGGGUAAUUUCGAUUUCGAUCGGCAUAUUGUUUAUAAAUUAUGGAUUCGAGAAAGAAUGAUCAACUUUGUGAUCAUGAGAAUAUUGAAGAAAAUUUCGGUUAUUUGGUUGUUCCUUCUUCAAUAGUUACAGACUUGGUCGUUGACUGAAUGAAAAGAGUAGUAGCUUUGUAUAGAUGGAAUUACUAUAAAUAAACUUCUUCCAUUCGUUAAUCUACUAUCUAUCUAUAGAGCUUUUGAUUUUGUUUCAGAUCAUCAAACUUGGGUAAGGCCCUUUGGUUUGUAGAACAGUAUAUAUGUACGAAAUUCAAAAAUGAAAUACCUAUUCACUAUGGCCUGCAAACUCUUUUCUUGAGCCUUUUCGUUGAUCCUUGGCUAAAAAUUAGAACAAAC